CUCUUUCUAUCCAUCAUCCUCCUCACCUAUCUCCUACUUUCCACUGACCGACACAGCCUUUUUGUACAGGGGCAGCCUCAGCCAUGCGGCGGUAUGGCCUUCGCACGAGUCGGCAACUCAUUCUACAUUCAGGGCGGUGCUACCGUGGGGGACAACUUGCUCGCACCAUUCUGGGCCCUCAAUCUCACGACAUCGUGGGCCACCAGCAAACCAGACUGGACUUCCCUUCCUCUAGGCCCCACCAAUGCCUACCACUCUGCCGGCUACUCUGCUGACAACAAGAGCUUCAUAACCUUCGGUCGAGACACCGGUGCAGCUCCGCAGGUCGUUCCGCAAUCCUGGGUCAACAUUUACGACAUCCCUUCAGGCUCUUGGUCGUUCAACACGAACCCUCCAAACAUGGCCGACAAUUCUCGGAGAGAUUUCUUUGCUGUGACCAACCCUGGCGCCAACAAAAUCUAUAUUCUCGGUGGCGAUGCAGGCACAUCGGGUGCAGUCUUCACCAACUCAUUCGAUACUUUUGACCCGACUACGAGGACACUGAGCGAAAUCACGACACCGGCUCCUGGGCCGCAGUACAUCACAACCUAUGCUGCCGUGUGGGUAAAAAAACUGCAGGCGAUGGUAGUGAUUGGGGGCUCAAUGCAGAACAGCUCAAUUCAGGGCCUAUAUCUCUAUAAUCCUUCCACUGGCGCAUGGACCACCCAGGCUACUACGGGGUCUUUCGACUAUAAUCGACGUUCACAUUGCGCCGCAAGCAACGAUGAUGGGUCACUGGUAGCAGUAUUCGGAGGGUUCAUCAGCCAGCAAAGCACUGGAGAUCCCAAUGUCUACAUUUUGGACACGACAACAUGGACAUGGACGACAACACCGUACUCUGGACCUGGACGAGGCAGUACAGCCUGCGUUCUUGUCGACGAUACAUUUAUGAUCUGGGGUGGAUUUUUCACUUCGCCCAAUACUGUUAAUAGCGUCCCUUCGGCUGCGGACGCCCUUUUGUUGUACUCGGUGUCCAACAAGGCAUUCACAACUACAUACACCCCCUCUCCUGCUCUCACUGGAGGCAAUAACAACGGUACCAACAAUCCAGGGUCGACUCCCCCUGGCGGAGGAUCGAGUGGAGGGCUCUCCGCAGGAGCAAUUGGUGGAAUCGUAGCAGGUGUGAUCGUUGUCUUAAUUGCUUUGGUGGCGGCAUUUACGGUGUUCCAGCAUCGCAAGAAGAAGAGCCGCGCGGCCAAGAAAUAUGGCGGCAACGUUGAUGAAUCCAAUCAGGAGUCUCUGGGUGGCGCAAUGACAGAGUACGACCAAUCCUUCGCGCCUUCCUGCCGCCCUGGACCAACACCCACUGGGAUUUCACACUCGCUCAGUGCCACGUCUGAUGACGCUCAUGAUCCACGACAUAGCGCUGAUGGACAAUCCAGCAGUGCCGGUUACUCCAACCCAGCAACGCCGACAUCGCUUCAGUUCCUUCAUACGGGCGAAAGUGCCGUGGGAUCGGAGACCCCGUACAGCUCUGCAGCAUUGGCAUCAGGCUACAAUGGUCGGCAGUCCUAUCAAAGUGACCAGACUACGACUGUCUACUAUCCACCGCCGCCACCUGCGCUAAUGUCCCAACAGCCAACGAUACCAGAGGAGGGACCUUACAUAAGCCCGUAUAUAGCAAGUAACGCGAGUAUUAACCGUCGGUCGCAAGAUCCCCAGACCCUGACAGAUAGAGAGGGAUACUACCCAUUCAACAGCUUCCUGUCUCCAUCCACGACUGCGGUUUCCCCAUCGGGAGCGGACCAGUACCACGACAGUUAUGGGAUGGAGCAUGCUUCUAUGAUGUCUUCGCAAUCUGGAUACACAGACGUCUCCUCGUCCCAUCCGCACAGCAACUAUGUCUUUGACCCACGACUGUCCCCCGGCAUGGCUCCUGCGUCAAAGCGACCUGUGAAUGGACCCCAGGGCGGGCCUGGGUUUGGAACGGAGAUGGAACGGCCUUCACUAGGUGCUCCGCAGGCGAUCCUGCAGGAUCCACUUCCUGACGUUUGAGGGCUGACUCUACUCCUUCCCAGUUAAUGAAGGUAUAUAGCAUGAAAUUGAACGGCAUACAAUAAUGAUACGC